AUGUACGCAACCUCUGGCCAUGAAGAGUCUGAUCAUGAACGUCAGAUGAUGGACAUACAAACAGGUAACAACAGUACUACUACGCCAAUAAAGCGUUGGCGCCGGGCUGUUUCGAUCCUUCGGGAGCGAAAUCUACUUGUAUCAAAACCGGCGGCGUAUAAAUCAGCUGAGAUGGGCUCUCUUAAUGCACUCCAUGGAGUCUCAUCCUCGAAUGACGAAUUAGGAGCAGCAGCAACAGCAGCAGAUUCACCAAAUACGGGAAGCAUAAAUCUGAUCUCAUCCGCAAUAUCAUCAUCUCAAGUUUCCAUAGAUCAUGUUGGUCAAGAGAUCAGCGAAUCAUAUCAUAUCAGUGCUGCUUCCAACCUCCAACAGGAUCCACAAAUUACACUAGGAAGUGCGGAAAUCUCAUCGGCAUUGCCUUGUGUUUCCAUCAAUGUAAAUUUGGAUGAUGAGAUUGACAAUCAUAACAAUGAUCCAGAAUUGCAAAGAGCAAGCAUUGCUAGGAUUGUAACGGAGAAGGAUCUACGUUCCUUACAGAAGUUUGGAGGCAUCCAGGGAAUUGCUAAGGCUCUUAAUACCGAUUUAGAGAAUGGAAUACUUGGUGAUGAGACUCCUGCACAUUAUGGCUCCUUUCAGUUUAACUUAAAAUAUUGGAAUCGUUAUAUCAUUUUCCUUCUCUCUCUGUCGGCGGUGCUGUCACUUGGCUUUGGGAUUAUGGAGGAAGGCCCAAUGACUGGCUGGUACGAAGGUGUCAUCAUAAUUUUUGCCAUCCUGAUUCUUGAGGUUGCUCCUUCCGUACGUAACUUUUGCCUGGAGCUUUCAUGGAAGAUCCUAGAAAAGCAGAAGCCCUUGGAAAUGCCACCAUUGGAAGUCAAUGUCUUCAGAAGGGGAUACAUUCAGAAAAUAUCCAUCUGCAAAGUUUUGUUGGGGGACAUAGUAUGCCUCCAUAGGGAGUAUUUGGUCCCAGCUAAUGGUUUGUUCAUAUCUGGUGAAUCCCUAAAACUGGAUGGCGAGCUACAAACCAUCAUCAAUGAGGAGAACCCGUUUAUGUUAUGUGGUGCAAAGGUGAUUGAUGGAAGUGGGCGCAUGCUAGUUACCUCUGUAGGCAUGGACACAACAUGGGGUGGUGAUCAUUUGAUGCACUUUAUCAGCGACCAUGCCAGGCCCUUCAAGACCACACUUCCAGCAGAACUUGAAAAAGUGAGUAGCUGCAUACAAAUUACUGGGCUUCUAAUCUAUAUUCUUCUCCUUGUAGUGUUGUUCCUCCGUUUUAAGCUUGGAGGAGAUGAUGUUAACUCUAAUCUCCCUGAUCUAAAAUGGAAACCAACUGAGAUAACGGAAAUGAUGAACAAAGUUUUCGUGAAACCAAAUGCAAAGAUCGCUGCCGUGACUUCACUUGCCAUGCCAAUACUGGGUGGUGUAAUGGAAGGAGUACCUUUUGUAAUCAAACUUGCUAUUACUUUUUGGAAUAGAAGGAUGCUGUCUGGCAAGGACUUUGCACAAAACCCUUUCGCGUUUCUUUCCAUGGGUUCAGUUACAAACAUCUGCUUUGACCAAAAUGCUUGGCCAACACACAGCCAACUGGAAGAUAACAAGUGCUUGGCAGAAACAAGAAACGCAAUAGAAGAUUUGAGAAGGGCUGGAAUUAGCAUCAUAUUGAUUUCAGAAGAUGAAAUAUCGGAGGUGGAAGCUAUAGCUCUCAAUUGUGAAAUGUUUCCUUGCUCAAAUGGAAUGGUGCUUGAAGGUAAAGACUUCCGAAAUUGCAGCAAGGAAGAGAGGAUGAAUAAAGCAGAUAAUAUCAGUGUGAUGAGAAGCUCCUCACCUUCUGAUAAGCUUCUUCUUGUCAAGUGUUUGAAGGAAAAAGGCCAUGUAGUAGCAAUGGUUGGAUACAAAACGAAUGAUAUUCCAUCAAUAAGAGAAGCUAAUGUAGGAAUUGUGAUGGGGAGCAGUGAGAUCCCCAAAGAAUAUUCUGACAUUGUCAUCAUGGAAAGAAAUUUCAGUUUCUUAGUUGAAAUUGUAAGGUGCGGAAGAUGCAUUCAUGACAACAUUCGGAAGUACAUCCAACUUCAGCUCACCCGGAAUAUUGCCGGGCUUUUGAUAACCUCCAUCACAACCGUGUGUCUUGGAUAUUCUCCUAUUACGGCAAUCCAAUUGCUUUGGGCAAACCUUGUUGUUGCCCUUCUUGGCGGUCUUGCACUACUGACUGAGCCACCAACAGAUCAUCAGAAAUCGAUGAACAAGUGGCCAUUGAGGCAAAAUAAACCACUUAUCACAAAGGCUAUGUGGGGAAAGCUUUUCAGUCAAACUCUAUAUCAGACUGCCAUCUUAGUGAUCUUCCAGUUCAAAGGGCAAGCUAUCCUACGAGUUAGUAAGAAGGUAAGUGAAACCAUGAUUUUCAAUAGUUUUGUUCUCUGUCAAGUAUUUAACCUAGUGAAUGCAAGGGAACCGGAGGAGAAGAAUGUGUUUCGCGGCAUUUAUUGUAACCGAUUGUUUGUGGUGGCUGUGAUCGUUAUUCUUGUACUGCAGUUUGCUUUUAUUGAGAUUGAAAAUAUCCUGGCGGGCAAUGCGAAAUUGAAUUGGGUGCAGUGGGUGGCAUGUCUUGUAAUUGGAAUGGUUUCAUGGGCUAUCGAUUGGGGUACGAAGUGCAUACCAGGCUAUGUCAUGGAUUGGUUGAGUGGACCAUUUGGCUCAUGUAUUGGAACCUAG